GUGAAGGGCAAAUCUGUCGAGUCCUUCACGUUCGUCCAAUCAGCAGUUAGUUACUAAGAGUCGCGGUGCAGAUUUAAAAGUAAAAUUAAUUCUCGUCAACAACACAUUUAGGACUGGGUCUCGUCGAAAAGACGUGAUUUCUGAACCGAGAGCUAUGACCACAGGUGCGAGCAAUCCAGAACCUGUGCUGCUUUCCGGGAUCAAGUGCUUAGGAUAAAUUGACAACAUCAUGUGGACCGUCUCACAGAUGCCUCCUGGACCUUGUGAUCCAAUUUCUGGAAGACAGUGACAGGAUUUUCCUUCCCCAUAACCAACGCUGCUCAACUUUAAUACACAGUGACGUUGAGCAACAUUGCUUGAGAUUAUGCUGAGCAUCCUUGCAGCUGGCUCCAUAUUCUUCCCAGGCCUGUUCCUGCUGUCCAAGCGAUUCCUGAAACAUGCUCCUGGGAUCAAAUGGAGCGAGAAGGAUGCUGUCAUCGUCUCAUCCAGACUGGUGUCCUCCGUUCAGGCCAUUAUGGCAUCCUCUGCUGGGUACAUCAUCGCCUGUUCUUGUAAAGACAGUAUUGAAGACCAGCAUUGGCUUACCAGCAGCUAUAUCCUCUUUGCUGUCCCCUACUUCGUCUAUGACAUCUAUGCCAUGUUCUUGUGCUACUGGUACAAACUUCAGGUCAAAGACCAUGAGGAGGAGAGCAAGGCCAAAUCGAUGAGGUCAGCCCUCAGCGGCUAUCUGCGGCGAGAGGUCCUUAUGGUCUUGCACCAUGUCGUGAUGGUUACUGUCUGUUUCCCUGUCUCUGUGUUCUGGAGACGGGGCAAAGGGGAUUAUUUCCAGGGUGUGAUGUUCCUGGCAGAACUCAGCACUCCGUCUGUCUGUCUGGGAAAAAUACUCAUCCAGUUUAAGCAACAGCACACUCUCCUACAUAAAGUCAAUGGAGCUCUUAUGCUGGUCACUUUCUUCAUCUGUAGAGUUCUCCUCUUCCCCUACCUCUACUACGCCUACGGCAGGUAUGCAUCCAUCCCCUUCUACAUGGUGCCGCUGUCUGUGCCCUGGCAGUGUAACGCAGGUGCAGCUUUGCUCAUGGCCCCACAGGUCUACUGGUUUUCCCUCAUCUGCAAGCGUGCCUUCCGUCUCUUCACUGGAGCCUCACAGCACAAAGCGACCCCUAGCACCACAGACUCUGAACCAAAAACCUCAGUCCUGCCCCCUGCCAACGGAUACAUCCCCAGAGAGACUGACUCGCACUGAGAGAGGAGUAGAGAUAGAGAUGUAGGUACAAGGUAGUUGGGUUUAGACCAAACAGGAGACUGAAGGCAGAUCAUCUUAUUACAAUGGAUGGAUCUACCUUAGAUCAAGCGCUGUGGGUUAGCAAGUAAAAAAAAACUGAAGGUCUGUACCCUCACUAUCCACCACCAUCCUCUCUUUGAGAAGAAAAAUAAGACUGCAGACCAAACCAAACUGAUAGUUUUCUUCCUAACAUGCAUGUCCUCUGUGUUGGAGCAGUAUGUCUGCUGCUUUACAGGGUUAGUGCCUCAUUUGUAGAUUACCAUGGUCGUAAGCUUCAGAAAAAGGAACUGAUGUGGAUGCAACGGGAACAGUAUUUCUAAUUCGUGAUGUAUGGAAGGACUGAUAGAUGCCUCCUGUUCUCCUCUCUGUGAAUUUCUCUCUCUGUGUUUGUUACAGUUACAGAGAGGAUACGAAAAAGGAAGCAGAAAUGUCUGUUGAUUUGUACAUACGCUUUUAAUAAUAUU